AUAAAUCAGCGCCAUUGACCGCUAAACACUAAACAGGCAAUGCACUUGCGUGGCGAGUAUUAUGUCAGUCAAUUUCAUCGACUGUCGUUCCCGCGCAUAUUUUUCCCCUCUCUUCAUCAUCUGCGAGUCUUGGAUAAUAAUCUGAAAUACAGCGACAACGUCUUGGCGUAUAGAGUUAAUGAAGGGCCAUGCAGAGUAUUUCGGUGAACACAGAUUUCUGUCCGAUGUCAACAGGUUGAUAUGUGUCUACGGAUCGAGGAACUCGUAGUUUUUUAAUGCGAGAGGGAAGGGGAACGGGAUCAAGAUAAGGAGAGAAAAGGAAAUCCUUGUGGUGAUAAGGAUAACAACGGGGAUGAUGAAGACGACGACGAAUAAUUAUGACGGAUAUAAUGAUAUAUGACUGAAUGCGUCCUAUAUACUGUUCCAGUGAAAUCAAAGCAUAUGGAUUUGUGAUCAAGGCUUAGUAUGAACCUCAAGUGCGAAAUACGAGGACCAAAACAUAGGUAUUGAGAUGGCUGCCAAAUUGGUCGUUAACAAUGCUGUAAGAUAUAAUCUUCUCUAGCAAUUGGAUACAGGUAAUAUUUAAAACAAUGGUGGAAAAACGAAGCCCUAGUACUAUGACCGAGCCAGUGGGUUGGAGCGACGUCAACUGCAACGCCGAAGACACCGGAACGAUGUCCGAUUCUCCCGACAUCAUCGAUCACCAUCCCAUUCGAGUUCGACGACCACAAGAUCCCUACAACUGCGUCUACAUAUCAUUGCUCCUCGCCGGGACGGGGUUCCUUCUACCCUACAACAGCUUCGUCACCGCCGUCGACUUUUUCCACGGUCAUUUCCCUGGCACCACCAUCGUCUUCGACAUGAGCCUCGUCUACCUGCUCGUCGGCUUCGCCGCCGUCAUGCUCAACAACGCCUUAGUGGUCAAGAUCUCGCUGCAAAGAAGGAUCCUGUUGGGUCAGAUCAUGGCGUUGUCGGCACUUCUUCUGGCCUCAUUCCUCGUCGUGGGGCUGGAUUCGAGCCUACCCAAGCAGUUCGGAUAUGUCGUCACACUGCUUGCGGUCGCUGUGACGUCAUUCGGUUGCACAAUUCAACAAUCCAGUUUCUAUGGUUACGCCGGAAUGCUUCCAAAGAAGUUCACACAAGCUGUCAUGGUAGGAGAAAGUACUGCAGGUGUUCUGACAUCCCUUAACCGCAUCAUCACCAAACUCCUGGUACCGAACGAGAAGGUGAACACCCUCAUAUUCUUCAUCAUGUCCGGAAUCACCUUGUUGCUAUGUCUGAUGAUCCAUCAGGCAGCCCGACGGACUCAGCUUGUUCGGCAUUACACCACGGCAUGCCAGAACGCGGGGCUGGGAGAGGACGAGAGGAGCUUACAACUCAGCACAGAGGUAUCUGGAAGUGGAACAGCAGUGAAUGUUGAUGAUGUCAAUCUCCAAAGCGAUGAAACACCUCAAUCGAUGGAGGAAGCGAGAUCAAAUUCUCAGACUACAGAAAGACAGAGGAAAACUCGUCAACCAAUGACAUUAAUAUCCUGCUGGCAUUCAAUUGUUGGGGGUUUUCAUUUGCGGGUGAACCUGUCACGACACAUCUGGCCAUACAUGGUAUCCAUCGCGGUGACCUAUUACAUCACCCUUUGCCUGUUCCCGGGGAUUGAAUCUGAGGUCGUCAACUGCAAGCUUCACGAAUGGAUGCCCAUCAUCCUCAUGGCCGUUUUCAAUUUUACUGAUUUGUGCGGAAAGCUCUUGGCAGCGUAUCCCUACGAAUGGCAUACCAGUCGUCUGAUGUUGGCCUCCGCCUCCAGAAUCCUUCUAGUCCCACUCCUUCUAAUCUGUGUGGCACCUAGGACUCAUCCUCUACUAUCCCACCCAUUCUGGCCCAUCACCUUCUCUGCCAUGCUCGGGAUCUCCAAUGGCUACUUCGGCAGCGUCCCCAUGAUUCUGGCCCCGGGCUUGGUCCCAGAGGAGAAGAAGGAACUAGCAGGUAAUGUCAUGACGGUGUCCUACAACGUUGGCCUCACCCUUGGUGCUAUUACUGCCUACUUUCUCAAGUUCAUCAUUGGUCCAUCCCACCAGGGGGCGUCUUGUCACGCCGUAGCGCUCAUGAACAUGACUGCUGCCCCCGCUAGGAAUAAGAUCACCGUGACUUGAUCCGUCUCUCUUUCACGCUUUCUUCAAGGUGCAAUAUUACAACAAAUUUAUAUAUAUUACUACAUGUAUGUUGGAGGUGAAUGUGAGAAAAUGUAUUGGUAUGUGUGGGUGUGUGUGUGUGUUUGUGACAAACAUAUGAUUCAAAGAUCAUUUGUUAUGAUGUGCUGUGUACUGGAUAUAAAACAGAGAGAGAGGGGGAGAGGGAGAGGGAGAGAGAGAGAGAGAGGGAGGGAGUAAGAAAGCGUGAAAAAGUGAGAAGGAAUUUGAAAAGAUAAGAGAUAGAAGAGUAAAGUGGAGGUAGAAUACAUUGCCAGCAGUUUCAAGAAAAAUGAUGGUUGAAAAUAGAUUACACAAUUUUUUUAGUUAAAGAAAUCAAAGUGGAACAGCCACAAAAUAUACACAAAGGAGACUGAAAAUGAAAUUAAGAAUUUAAGAGAGAGAGAGAGGGGGAGAGAGAUUGAGAGAGGGAGUGUGAGAGAGAGAGAGAGAGAGAGAGAGAUAUGACACACACAACAUUAAUAUGGUUGAGUUAUAGAAAAGUUUCUACAUCAAAUAAAACAAAAUUAAAUCAAUGAAUUGUAAACUUUGUGAUCAAUUGUAAUGUAUAUAUUGCAUAUUUUGCUGAUAAGAGUGGCAUUUAGUGAAUGAAUGUUAAAGCAUUAUGCUUAUGAAAGAUAAAGCAACAAAUUUCAUUAUUUUUGUAUUCAUUUUUGUAGUAAUAAUUUAUUCUGGCGUCCAACCGUGCAAUAUAACAGUGUGCAGAUGAAUGAUAACAGGGAUACAACGUAUGCUUAAAUAUGAAAAAUGUUUAUUUCAUACUUGAUCAGUGCAGUUCACAACUGGUCAUGUGUACGCUCUCAACCAAUCAUUUGAUUAGGAUCCACGUCAUUAUCUUAUAAUAGUAACUAAACAAUGAACCGGUCAUAUUUAGACAUGUUAAAAUGUAUCUUUCCUAUACAAGAACACAGCCAGCAGUCUUUCUUAAAUCAUUGAGAAUUUGAUUUUUGUGCAGUCAAAAUUUAUUAAACAAACCUAUGUCUCUGUGCUUACUUAUAUUUGCUAAUGGAUUGUCAUCUAAAAUGUCCUCCGAUGAACAGUCCCUCAUAUAGGAGUACAAGUUGUUGGUCCCUUAGUUGCUUACUAAGCAAGUAAUACUUUCAUGGAAUAAAUAGAAAUGAAUACAUCUAUGUAGUAUCGAAUUUGUACAUUCAUUGCAUAGAUGUGUAUGUAUAUAAGCCAAUUCGUAAAAAAAAUAACAACAUAUCAUCAUGAACAAAUGCAUUUCUCUGAUCUUGCAAUAGGAAAACAGAGUGACAAAGAAUAAGAUAAAUGAACUUAUUUAUGUUAAACUCAAUUUGUAUUAAUAAUUCAUCUCAAAUACAUUUUAUUGGAGUACUAGAGACGCGACCUUGAAGAAACAUUCAUAUCUAUUUAUGAAAAAAAAAUUCCAUGAGAAAUGUAAUACUGAGCCUCCAGUGUACAAUUCUAUUACAUUGUAAAUCUGUGUUCAAAUUAAUGUUGUAAACCCUUUAUAUUCCAAAUAAAAGUGACUUUUAAAAAGCGAA